CACAGCCUGCCUUGGACACCAGCAAAGCUCUCUGCCUCCCCUCUGCCUGCUCCUGGCAAACCCAUCGGAACCAAAGCUUACUAGUCAGCAGCAUGGCGACCAAAUGUGGCAAGUGCGGCCCCGGCUACCCUACCCCCUUGGAGGCCAUGAAAGGUCCCCGGGAAGAGAUUGUCUACUUGCCCUGUAUUUACCGAAACACGGGCAUCGAGGCCCCGGAUUAUCUGGCCACUGUUGAUGUUGACCCCAAGUCUCCCCAGUAUUGCCAGGUCAUCCACCGGCUGCCCAUGCCCAACCUGAAGGACGAGCUGCAUCACUCAGGAUGGAACACCUGCAGCAGCUGCUUUGGGGACAGCACCAAAUCCCGAACCAAGCUAAUGCUGCCCAGUCUCAUCUCCUCCCGUAUCUAUGUGGUGGAUGUGGGCUCCGAGCCCCGGGCCCCAAAGCUGCACAAGGUCAUCGAGCCCCAGGAGGUCCACACCAAGUGCAACCUGGGCUACCUCCACACCAGCCACUGCCUGGCCAGCGGGGAGGUCAUGAUCAGCUCCCUGGGAGAUCCCAAGGGCAACGGAAAAGGGGGGUUUGUGCUGCUGGAUGGGGAGACCUUUGAGGUAAAGGGGACAUGGGAGCGGCCCGGGGGAGCUGCCCCGAUGGGCUACGACUUCUGGUACCAGCCUCGACACAACGUCAUGAUCAGCACCGAAUGGGCACCUCCCAAUGUCCUCAAGGAUGGUUUCAACCCUGCUGACGUGGAGGCAGGGCUGUACGGAAGCCACCUCCACGUGUGGGACUGGCAGCGCCACGAGAUCAUACAGACCCUGCCUCUGAAGGAUGGGCUCAUUCCCCUGGAGAUCCGCUUCCUGCACAACCCAGCUGCUGACCAGGGAUUUGUGGGCUGUGCCCUGAGUUCCAACAUCCAGCGCUUCUUCAAGAAUGAGGGAGGCACCUGGUCAGUGGAGAAGGUGAUCCAGGUCCCCCCAAAGAAAGUCAAGGGCUGGAUGCUGCCUGAAAUGCCAGGCUUGAUCACUGACAUCCUGCUGUCCCUGGACGACCGCUUCCUCUACUUCAGCAACUGGCUGCACGGGGACCUGCGGCAGUAUGACAUCUCCGACCCUCAGAAGCCCCGCCUCACUGGACAGAUCUUCCUGGGGGGCAGCAUCGUGAAGGGAGGCCCCGUGCAAGUGCUGCAGGACCAGGAGCUCCAAUGCCAGCCGGAGCCCCUGGUGGUCAAGGGAAAACGGGUGGCCGGAGGCCCGCAGAUGAUCCAGCUUAGCCUGGACGGGAAACGUCUGUAUGUCACCACGUCUCUGUACAGUGCUUGGGACAAGCAGUUCUACCCCGAUCUGAUCAGGGAGGGCUCUGUGAUGCUGCAAAUCGAUGUAGACACUGAAAAGGGGGGGCUGAAGCUGAACCCCAACUUCCUGGUAGACUUUGGGAAGGAGCCCCUUGGGCCGGCCCUAGCCCAUGAGCUCCGCUACCCAGGAGGAGACUGCAGCUCCGACAUCUGGAUCUGAAGUCCGGCCCUCGAGCCCCUCUGCCACCUUCUGAGCCCUCCCUUCAGAGGGACUUGGCCUCUGCCCCUUGGCACUUUGUCCUGCCCAAGCCACGCCAAGACUGUUGAAACAUCUGGACCGGCAUCUCUGUGGCUGGUCACUCCCGUGCGGUUUUACAUGAGCCCCCAAAGCACCAAGAAAUAAACGAUGAGCCUG